AUGAAGCCCAAAGGCUGGAGGUCCAGUGUUCCUGUCAAAAGGUCAGCUUCGUCUUCUAAUAACACCGAAGGCGACCCUGAUCUAGUUAUGGAGGAUACCGAAGAGCUGCACCAUCUGCUUGUCCGGCCAUCCUACGAGUCAAUAUAUGCCGACCAGCUCACUCGUGUCGGCCACAAAAUUGACCCGGAUCUCAGGUUGUUCCUCGCCUCCAUCAUUGCUCCAGAUGAAGCGCGGCGGGACAAGGAAGCUUACCUCUUCUACUGGGUCACUUACGUCGCGGACCCGGAUAACCUGGUCGACACUGAUGACACCAGCCAUUUACUACUAUUCCACAUAGUAAUAGGGGCGGUGAUAAUGAUAGUAACGAGCUUAUCCCACCGGUACUAA